AUGGCUGUAUUGUCUUUGCCAUCUAUGGUGUCUGAUUUCGAAGGCGAAAUCGGUCAUGUUGUCGUGGCUGGAAACGAAACGCUGAUUUUCGUCAGGCUAUCCACUUGGCAGGGGGAGUGGGAAAAAAUUAAUACCAAGCUCCAGAGUUUGGUGCCUUUCUUAAAGAAAAUCACCUCUCUCUCUGCAGUUAAAUCCGGUGAAGUCUACAUCGUAAAGGUGAAAGACUCGUUUGAAAGAUCAUAUAUCAUUCGACGACCUGCGCCUGAAACAUACUUGAUUUAUCUUAUUGAUAAAGGCAUGCAAUAUGAAAUACAGUUCGGUGAAAUCUACGAAUUUCCGCCAGAGUUGUUCGAAUUCGGGAUGUUCAAUUGUGUCUGCCCUGUUCUGGUGCCAUCUGCGGAAGAGCUAAACACGUACAAGACCUUUGUUGGGUAUAAAUGCAAGUGCAUUGUAGAGGCCGUCUCAAAAUCCAUAGUGGUAAUGGGAUUUGUUCGUGGUCGAUUACUGAUAGAAAUUAAAGGACAUUAUGAGGAUCUGUACGAUAUUAUUUUUGGGAAAAGAGCAAAUCGUCCUGGCGGUAGUGGCAUUGCAUUAGCAAAGUUGCAUUUGACAACCGAUAAAAAUCCAGGACAUUUACAAGCUGGACAGAUGGAUGAUAGUUCUAGCGCAAGUAGCGAGUCGACUUUUCCUCGUCCGUUUAUUCAGAAAACCGGAUUCAAAAUAAAUGCCAAUGCACGAUUGUUGUUUCCAGACGGAAAUGAUUUCGCUACUCCAAAAAAAGAGAAACAUGUUCGUAUGGGCACAGGAUUCAUCGUGGAGCAUGAUAGAAUCAAGAUGGGGACUCUGUUUAAUCAGACAGCGUUCAAACAGUAUAUACCUGAAAUGCUGCCGAUGAAAAUAUCUGCUCGAUUUGACAAAACAGACCGUAUGAUGAACACUUUCUGGGUUGUCAAUAAGAAAAUUUUCUCAGCUGCUGAAAGAGCGUUAAGGGAAGUUGGGAACAAAUUAUCGCGUUUUCCUCCUGUAAGUCGUAGAAGUGAGGAUAUCCAAAUGCGACAGACACCUUGCAUCGCACGUGCUCGGGCUGAUACUGCUUAUAAAUCUCUCUAUCGUGGUGUUCCAGCUCAGUACGAUUCUCACACGAAGAGAAUCUCAGUUUUUUUGGUGGAUUUCGGAUGGUUCAAAUGGGUCUUGGCUAAUGAUGUCCUUGACAUUUCCACCAUGGAUAAGUCUGACCCUGUUAGGAAUUUGCCAGUAGCAAUGAUACAUUGUCGCGAAGACACAACAAGCACUUAUCACGCUAAUGAUCUCAUUAAGGGAGCUGAUUGCGAAAUAAUUAUCAAAGGAAAUGCGUCACGAGACGUGUAUACGGUUGAUUUAUUGAGACCUCCUUUUAUGUCAAGUCGAUUCGAUGGCACAGCCGAAAUAAAUGGAAGGGAAACAAUGGUUGACAAUAUGCGGGAGACUGAAAUGGUUUCAUCGUGCAAGAAGUUGGUCACUGAAACCUGUCAGCAACAAUUGAUGACAUCGAUGAUGAUGGAAACAUUAAGUAUUGCUGGUCGUGAGUUGGCACAACAGCCUCGAGCUCUCUGGCCAAGUUUCUACCCAACUGUUUUUCCAAUGGCGAUGCCCAUGAUGAUGGCAGUGAUGUUUCCGGUAAUGUGGCCAGUGCCAUUUACGAACACUAACCUUCAGGGUAUUGGAGACAGCGUUGCUGUUAGACCUCAGAACACGGGAACAAAUGAUUUCGAGGGCGCUACCUUUUCGAAUAACAAUCCAAGGGGUCGAUCAGGCACGCGUGUAACAAAUAAUAAACGUUCUCCAAAGAUGGACUGUAUGCAAAAAAGUGGAGCCAGAUUUCAAAGUAGCAGUACGCAACCAGAAAGAGAAUGGCCACGCAGUGACAGCAGUGCUAAAAAUGUAUUUGCUGUUGUUCCUAGUGAUAAAAAUAAACAGAUGCCACGAAAUUCGUAUGGAGAGGAGAAUAAUGGACUGUCGUGGGAUCUUCCGCCACAGUAUGCAAAGCAGCGUCGAACGUUUCAGAGAGGUUGUGACAGUAAUGCGCAGAAAGAUCGGCUUACAGAUUGGGAAAAGGCCGUCGCAGCUGAUCGAGCAGUUCGUAACCAGCAGGACAAUAAUCCGUCUGGUGGCGGUGUUUAGAUUUGGAAGUAGAAAUAAUACCAAUGUGUCCAGAUGUUUCGCUAAUUACUAGUCUUCGUUGCUUUGCUAAUCUUCGUUGGCAUUAUAUUUCAUUAACUUAGGAAUGUGAAAGUGACCC